GUCGACCUCACAUAAAUUCGCGAUACUCCGUUCGUUCUUGAUACACAUCGAUUUUUUUUCCUCGGGGGGGACAAUUUCAUUCGCGGUCAGCAUCGUCUCGCGCGUAUCGUCAGGACUAUGGCAGACGUGCAUCUGUACGACUCGACAAUUUGUCGACUGUGCGCGGCGAGCAACGGCAACGAGCAUCUGUUCGUCAGCGAGACGGGCGAGCCGGAUCUAUCCACGCUCGUGAAUCGUUACCUGCCGCUCAAGAUUCACGACGAUGGAAAACUACCACGGACAAUUUGCCCGGGUUGCAACAUCCAGCUGGAGGCGACGGCGCAAUUCUUCGAGCUGUUGGUGGCUGGCCAGCGCAAGAUACGCGAACUCUGGAAACAUCAAGUGGAGAAGCAGCGCAAGGCCGAACGCGGCAAAAAGGAAAAUGCGGAGUUCGAAGUGGAAGGAACAGAAAUGGAUAGCACGGCUCAGUAUAAUGAAGAUGAGCAGUACGAACAGCAAAUAAUUAUUAAGAUUAUGCCAGAUGGAUCCAUGUAUGCGGUGGAGCAUGAAAUGAGUUUGCAGAUGGAAGGCUUGACUAAGCCGAAAAGGAAGCGUGGACGUCCUCCUAAAGUAAAUGCGGAGGACGAUUCUGUGGCGUCAAAAGAGAAUCCUGCAGAAGCUGGGAGUCAAGGUGAAGAGGAUAAGCAGGAAGAGGAAGAAGAAGUGGAUGGCGAUGGUAGACGCAGGAGGAAGCGCAAAGUUCCCAAAAGGUACCUAGAAGCAGUGCAGGGAAAAGAAUUGGAAAGGAUAUUCAAGGAGGAAGGUGUGAUCGAUGAGGAAGACAAUAAUUCUCAAAUAUUUGACGGUCCAGCAGAUCUGUUAAAAUCUUCUAAUCAGGAGGAUGGUCAAGAAGAAGUGAUAGGACAUCUCGAAACGGAAGAGGGUACAGACUUGGGUGAGGUGGUGACUGUAAACCGUGGACGAUCGAAAUCAAAAUUGCGCCGUCGAAAAAAUAAGUUCACGUGCCAACUCUGCGGCAGGGGUUUCCUACAACGUAGCAAAUAUAUAGUACACAAGAGUUUCCAUAUGGGUAUCAAGCAUGAAUGCACACAAUGCAAGAAGCUGUUUGAAAGUAAAGAGAGUCUGACAUUGCAUCAAGAAACGACUAAACACAAUUCAAAUCCCACCGAAGAAAAUGUCGAGGUACAGAAGUCACAGAAGUCACAUGAGACGCACAACGUAGAGCAGACUACCUCCACAGUGACACCCGAGAUAGCGAAAGAUUCCAGAAAAGCGAUUUAUACGUGCGAAAAAUGCAACAAGCAAUUUGGAUUAAAACAAGAAUACGAAUUGCAUAUGAGAGUGGUGCAUGAGCAGCAGAAAUUCACUUGUAACACUUGUAAAAAGAGUUUCACAAAUGAAUCGGAUUUGAAGACGCACAUGACAACGCACGGGAAAACUAAAUACAACUACCCUUGCGAUAUCUGCGGUAAGGUCCUAAACCAUCCGAGUUCCGUGUUGUAUCACAAGGAAGCCGAACAUAACAACGGUCGUCGUUUCGUCUGCAACAAGUGCAACAAAAGCUUCAAGCAUAAACAGUUGCUCCAGCGACAUCAGCUGGUGCACUCGGAUAAUCGGCCGCACGUUUGUAAAUCCUGUAACGCCAGUUUCAAGACGAAAGCAAAUCUGAUUAAUCAUCAGUCCACCCACACUGGUCAGAAAAAAUAUAACUGUGAACUUUGCAAGCAACAAUUUGCGCACAAGACUAGUCUCACUUUGCAUUACAGAUGGCACAGUGGUCAAAAGCCAUUCAAAUGCAAGGAGUGCGGCAAGAGCUUCUCGCAGAAUGGCAAUUUGCAAGAGCAUAUACGCAUUCACACUGGUGAAAAGCCAUACAGUUGCGAUUUCUGCGGCCGGAAGUUCACCACGUCGUCACAGUUCAAGCUACAUGUAAAACGGCAUACCGGCGAGCGGCCGUGGAAAUGCGAGUUUUGCGCGAAGACCUUCUUGCACAAAGAUACAUGGAAAUGUCACGUGCGCCGGCAUAAGGGGGAACGUCCGUUUCAAUGCAGUACAUGCAAACGUAGCUUUACGGAACAGUGGGCGCUGAAGAAACAUAUUCGUUUGCACACUGGUGAGAAGCCUUAUUCCUGCGAUGUGUGUAACAAAGCUUUCGCCGAUUGUUCAAAUUUGACAAAGCACAAAAAGGUGCACAGGGAGGAUAAGGUGCCACCUACAAACAAGUCGGAAGGAUCUCCGAUCGGACAAGUGUGGCAGAUUCUGCCGAAUUCAGUUCGGCAGGUUGACGAACGGACGUUCAGUAAUCAAAUAAUAGCCACUGACGAGACAUCUAAUGAUGGGAUUCAACAGAUUAUUUAUGUAUCUUAUCAGGACCCUAGCGAUUCUAAUGAGCGAACAUUCCAUAUGAUCGACGCCAACAAGAACAAAGACGAAAUAGUGGCGAGUGUGAAUUCCUUGUCGCGUUUGGAUAUGGAGAACAAUGAAGUCAUUGGCGAUAGAAUUAUGAGUAAUGCAGCCAGCAGCAAUGACGACCAGUCAGAGAUCGAAUUGACGGAACCAGAUUUGCAGUUGCAGAUCACAGAUGAACACGGAAAUCCGAUUCCGUUAACCAUUCAAGAGGCUCGACAGCUUUUGUCGCAGGGUCAUUUUGUCAGCCAGUUUAACGACAACCAAAUUAUGAGACUUCAUCCUGGAAUGUUCGCGACACAACAACUCCAAGCCUUGAAUAUUCACGUCGACGAAGACACUAUGGAGGAAACUGGAAUCAUAGUGCGUCCGAAUACACACAAGAAUAUCGAAGCAUUGUCGGCAAUUCAAGCUGACGCAGACGCAAUUGUUCAAGCGCUUGAGGACGAGGAUACCGACGCCACGACAGUCGCGACCAUCAAUCAGCUAGGAAAUAUCGAGCAGACUGAAUUCGUGAAUGGUGAACAAACAAUUGAAUUCGUGACUCAGGAUGGACAGAAACUUCGUGUCCUAACAUCGCAGCUCGCUUCAGAGUACGUGACUAUUGCAUAAUAAAAGAAAAAUUAAAGAUUAUGCAAAAAACUUCAAAAGAUUGUUUGACAUCUUCGUUAAAUUUCAAAGAUUGUGACGCAUUUAAAUAUAUCUUGCUACUCAUAAUGUUUCUAAAAUAUUGCGAUAUAGUUUGGUUGAAAUUUUGACGGAGUUACCGCAACUAGCACAUUUUUUAAAAUUGUUACAAGAUCGAAGGUUGCUUGAAGAAUCCUUACCACUCUAAUUAUAAAUGAGAUUAAGACCUGGUCUUCAGAGUGUAGUAAGUCUUUAGCCUUUUGUUCUAAGCUAUGACUUUUUUAGCAAAAAGCGUCUUUAGCGUUACUUUAAACCGUGAUUUGUUCUUCUGGGCCAGAUCAAUGUUAUAAAGUUUAGAGCUUAAAGCAAAUUAACGUCAUAGCUUAGAACUUAUUGUUAGAACAAAAGGUCACAAGUUUUCUACAUCUACUGUAAAUCCGGAUUAAGGGUUACAGAUCAAAAACGAUGUACGUGGGAUCAUAAUUGAUCGUUAUCAUAACUGUUAAUUAUUCAGUAAUAAUCUAAUAAUUGAUUUCUUAUAGUAAUAAUAUAUAGUAUAUAAUAAUACAAGAGCUAUUGUUAUAAGAAAUUAAUAUCCUUACAUGUGUAUAAAUUCAUGUGUUAGAGCAUUUAUGGCCCCAUGUAUACUUAAUGUUCAUCGGCGCGUGCAUGGGAAAUAUGUAUAGCUCUUUUCAUUCAGUUGAUUCUUAUCAUUCUUUUGCAAACAACACAAAACUGACCAUUUUUUAGCUCCGUCGUUGUAGUAAAUGAGCGAUACAUAUUUCCCGUGAAUGCCAUUGAUAUGUUUAUAAAUUUGUGGGUAAAUUAAUUUACCUUGUGUGUACAUAUAUAGUUUGAUACAUCUCAAAUAGAUAAUGUGUACUCGGUCAAUAUAAACAAUGACAGUUUAUUAUAUAACGAGCAACGUUGUAUAUAUAACAUUAUUAUACACAUUAGACGUAAUAAAAAAGAGGAAGAGCAUUUGAAUUUGUAUGAAAAGGAUGCUCCUUCUUCGUUUAAUAAUUAAGCCUCGUAAUAAAUCUCACAAUUAGCCGUUUUCGACAGUUUAUAUAAUAGAAUAGAAUAUUAUUUCA